GCUCUCCGAUCUGGAUCUGGAGGCUUUGUGUUUCUUCUGGUAUUCGUUUUUUUACCCUCCUUUGGAGUUACCUAUGCUUUGUGGAUAUUUUCAUGUAUCGAUGGUAUUACAAGAUUUACUAGUACAUAGUAUCACAAGCUAAACGAACUUGGGUAGAACGUGUGACGUGGAAGAUGGUGUACUUCAUUUUUGUCAAUUGGACCCGCAUACACAUCGCCGUCUUCAGCCUCGGCUGUGUUGAGUCGAAGGGCUUUUAGUAAUAUUGUUGUUCUCUUUCGAAUUCACCCGUUGGUCGGGAAGCGUGGAGCUGGUCUUAUACACACCACUAUAUGUCCCAAAGAUACAGAGCAACAAGUGCAGCGCUACGAGACCGUUCAGCUCUCCUGGGUGUGACACCCCCAGCUUCGGGACGCUCCUCACCGUAUAACAGCCCGAACCCAGGGCCAUCUGGCCACCGCUACGUGGAUGACUUGGAAGGUCAGAAUGACGAGGCGUUGGAAGGCCUGGCAGCCAAGGUGAAGCUGCUCAAGGAUAUCACCGUUGGCAUUGGAAACGAGGUCCGAGAAUCGACUGUACAACUCAGUCAGAUGAAUGACGCAUUCGCGGAGACCUCGGGCAUCCUAGCUGGCACAUUCCGUCGUAUGAACAACAUGGCACAGCGGCAGGGUUGUCGAUGGUUAUGGUACAUUCUAUUUCUCGUGCUUGUAUUCUGGUUCUUCAUCGUUGUAUGGUGGUUUCGGCGGUGACAAUCACCCACUACGGGCGUUUAUCAAUAUAUCUGGAUCAACAGCUUGCUCGGUGUGCCUCUC